CACAAUUCAUCCUAUCACAUUUCCGGCUCCACAUUCAUCAUGAAGCGGGAGUCGUUUCCGACGGACUCUCUUCCAGCCUGGCUCCGCCUCAAUGGAGUCGAUGCAAAUGGAGUCGCUUUCCAAAAUCUUCAAACGACCGAAGGCGAUGCAGAUAAGGGCAAUACCAUUGUGGCAACAGAAGCCAGGUCUAGCAAGGACAGCGAUGCAGAACCAGAGAUUCUCCUCCGAGUCCCGUAUGAUCUGGUGCUAUCAUUAGAAGCUGUCCAUGGUUAUGCCAAGUCUGACCGGCACUUGCACGAGGUAUUGGACGCAGUUGAUGAAUUUGGCAUGACAGCGAGAGGCGCAAUUAUGAUUUUUCUUUUGGUCCAGAUCACGCAUGCAAGCCCAGACAAUUCUCAGCAUAUUGGUGUGUCGAGCCCGUGGACGGAAUACAUUCAGUUUCUCCCUCCAUCAUUCCCCUUGCCCACCUUCUACUCUACCGAGGAACUGGAGCUGUUACGAGGAACCUCGCUCGCUGCUGCAGUAGAUGCGAAGGCUGCCUCCCUUGAGCGAGAGUUUGAGCACCUUCGUCAUUCUACAGAAAGCAUCUCCUGGUGUCAGCAAUGCUGGUGGGAUGAAAACACGGGCAAAUUGACUAUGGAUGAUUGGAGGUACAUCGAUGCUGCCUAUCGGUCGCGCAUGGUAGAUUUGCCGGGGAGUGGACAUGCGAUGGUACCCUGCAUCGAUAUGGCCAAUCAUGUCGCUGGUGCAGGUGUGAAAGCGCUGUACGAUACUGAUUCCGCCGGAAAUGCUGUUCUUCAGUUGCGCUGGGGCGAGAGUCUCCAACCGGGAGAGGAGGUGACGAUUUCGUACGGUGAUGAAAAGUCUGCAUCGGAGAUGAUCUUUUCGUACGGGUUUCUGGAGGCCGACCGGACCGAAGCCAGGCAGGUUGUCUUGGAUUUGUCCCUCCCCGAUGACGAUCCACUCGGAGUUGCCAAGAGUCUGUUCUGUCGGAAUACUCCCGGAAUCAGGCUUUCUACUGUAGGUGGCAAGGACCAAGACACGCCAGCAUUAGCAGCAGCAUCACAUAUCACCUGGGACAGUUCUCUCAUCUGGUGGGCGAGUGUGAAUGAAGAAGAUGGCCUGUACAUAGGCAUCGCUCAAACAACAGACGGAACGAAGGAAUUAGAAGCCACCUGGAAGGGUGAAAAGAUCCAGUCCCCGGAGCAACUCCGAGAACUCCUUGCGGCAGAUCCGUCGUGGGACAUUUUCCAGCUGCGGGCCGUGGUGCUGGUGCUCGAGCGAGUGGAGACCCAGCUCUCGUUUCUUCAUGAGACGGAGCAAGUACUAGAAAAUCUCCGCGAGAAUGAGGAUCUUUUCAAGGCUCUUUUCAGACCGGAGGUUUUUAAUCUGGCCUCGCAACUACGGACACUUGAAGGUGUUUUGCUGCAAAGAGCGAUCGAAGAUCUCGUAAAGCAGAAAACCGACCUGUUGGGAUCUGAAACGGUCACAGCCUACCUCGCUCAACAAGCCCAGGCGGAGGACGUGGAAGACUUUUCAUGA